AUAAAACCAUGUGUACCGUCGAAACAAAACCAACCCCAACCUCCCUUCUCCCCCACCAAAUAAAGCAAAAAAAAAAAAAAAAAACCAGAGAGUCUCCGUUUAGAGUUGGGUUUUUUAAUAUUUGUUUCACUUUUUCAGUUUCGUCCUUGUUUCUCCCAUCCUUUCGGUUUCUCUCCGCCUCCCCAAAAAAAACGAAAUUCAGGGAAUUAAAUUCCCUAUAAAAUCGUUUCUCGUAAAAUUCCUUUUCGUUUUUAAUCAAACCCGAUUUCCUGGUUUCUUUUUCUUCAUCGAUCGUCGCCGGCGUAAAAACAAGAAAAAUCAAAAGCAAAAAGCUUGCCGAAUUAGAAAAAGAAAUCAUGGGUUCUGAACAGAAUGAAGGAACAAGCUUUCCACCAUCGGAGCCAAAGCUUUGUGCCAACGGUUGUGGGUUUUUCGGGACGGCGGCGAAUAUGAAUUUAUGUUCAAAGUGUUACCGGGACCUCCGUGUUGGGGAGGAGCAAGCGGCGAAGGCGAAAGCUGUUAUGGAGAAAUCUCUCAGUAUCAAAACGAAGCAUGAACCUGUCGUUGUGGAGACUUUUAAGCCUCAUGUGGGUUCUUCGUCUACAUCGAUUGAGCAACAACAACCGGCUGUUGUUGCCGUUAAUCAACAACCGGAACCAAAGGCUGCGAACAGGUGUUUUAUUUGUAGGAAAAAGGUUGGGUUAACUGGGUUUAAGUGCAGGUGCGAGAAUACAUUCUGUGGGGAGCAUCGGUACCCAGAAAAACACGAGUGUUCAUUUGAUUUCAAGGGUGUUGGACGUAAUGCCAUUGCUAAGGCAAAUCCCGUUGUUAAAGCUGAUAAGGUGGAGAGGUUCUGAAAGGUGGGGGAGUUGUUUGUUGGAUGAAUGUGUUUCUUCCCUUUUCUUACUUCCUAUCUCGGGGUUAUCGAGAGAUCAGUUAGAUUUAGGGUCAAUGGAAAUAUUGUGGGGUGAUUUACUGAUUUAUGUUGUUGCUGGUGUUUUUGUUGGGGUUGUGGGAUAUGAUUUGGGAGGGGGAGGGGGAUGUUUUAAGGGUGAAUGCAAAAUGGAUCAAUGAAUGUUUUUAGUUUUCAUUUUUA